AUGAGGGGCUCCUCAUUGAUCUGCAGUUCUUGUUCACGAGCAGUUGGAACUCGGUCACUCAAUCGUUCAAUCCGCCAAUGGUCCUUACUUUCACCGCACACCCGAGUUCAACAUCUUGUCCAAACCGCACCACGUUCUUUUCGCUCUCCGUCAACCUUACCUGAAAAUGGUACACGGUCAAGCCAGAUACUUACUGGAGAGAGUCUUCGUUCCCUUGCGUCCUUGGAGGAGAGAAUCCAGAAAGCACUUCACAGUACGAAAUCUUCACCGACCGAGUCGGACGUCCUUUUGGCACUGCAGGCAUGCAAAAGUUAUGCCGGCUUUCGACUACAAGGUUCGGCGCAAAGCUCUGCGGCUAGUACCCCUACAUCCGUUUUACUGUCACUUGACGAGUGUCAACCGGCGGAGCCGGUGAACCAUUCUCCAUCCUCGCGGGGAGCAUCUGAGCAGCAGACUCUUGGAUCAACGGUAAACGCAACAGGGUCGGGUGCUAUCAUUUCCUCCAAACCAAGCUCUCUAAAAAGUCUUCAAUCGCUCACGGGUCUGGCCUACAAGAUUAUAUCUCACCCGGAUGUCUUUAUCACCCCUUCAAUCCUUGCAUCCUACGUCUCGCUCCAGGCUCUAAUCCGCGAUCCGUCACCGAUACCGGCUGUGUUUUCUCUUUACGCCAACAAAUCAUACACACCUCCAGGCUCAUCCAAACCCCGGCAGCCCAAUCCCAACCAGAUCAAAUACGCAAUCCCAAGUCAUAUCGCAUCUGCCGCACUUGACGUAGCUAUUGAGUCGAGAGAUAUGUCGAUCUGUCUUGAUAUCAUUGACACCUCGUAUGGCGCUCCGGCUUUCAUGAAAGCUAAAUUGGUCCGGAGAGCUGCCCCAGCAGCUGUAGCAGGCUGCCUAGCUCCUUUUGCUAUAUACGCCCUCGCAGAUACCAUGGCUGGGUACCAGGAUGAAGUUGAUCACUCGCUCGCUUUAAAAUAUGCGUUCUCUGGCUUAUUGGCAUACGUUGGUUUUACCGGAAGCAUUGGGAUGGUUGCUUUGAUGACUUCGAACGAUCAGAUGGUGAGAGUUACAUGGAUAGUUGGAACACCUUUGAGAUACAGGUGGUUAAGAGAGGAGGAGAGAGAGGCGCUAGAUAAGGUUGCCCAGGCAUGGGGCUUUUCAGAGCCUAAUAAAUGGGGAUUCGAAGAGGGCGACGAGUGGGAGCUUCUUCGAGCAGUGUACAAAGUACAUGUUGCAUACCGAAAGCCACACUCCUAUGGCCCCUUUCCUUGGUGUACCACUGUUCGUGACCGCCAACAGCUCUCUUCCCUUACUCGAACGAUAGAUAUCCCAUUUAUACCGAAAAGCGGCUUCUUCAAUCCCGUCUCGAUAAGCUUCAAGGCUAAGGAAGCUGCUACUGUUUACCAGAUGUCGCAAUUUUUCGGUUCUUUAGGUCGCGGUUUCCGCCCCCGUAAGCCUAAGCCUGGCCCUCUUAAUCAAGAACCUGCUGGUGCUGGUGCUGCUGCAGGCGCUGGAGCCGGUGGUGGAGCCGGUGGUGGAGCCGGUGGUGGGAGCUUUGGUAACGCCUCCCCGGCGGGACUUAUGCCAGGCUCCCCAUCAGCCCAAAGAGUAACACAGAAACCGUUGUACUUGUGCAAGCCAUUUGUUACCAGUCAGCUUGUUAAAGGAAGCUUCUCAACUAUUGUUGUGUUGCCGAGAUAUGUUGACCAGGGGGAAUGGUUGGCGUUGAAUAUUUUUGAGUUUUUUGAUAUGUUGAACAAAUUCUUCGGAGUCGUUCAGGAAUUUUGCACUGUUCAAGCUUGCCCGUCUAUGUCUGCAGGCAUUGGACUGGAUUAUUCAUGGCUUGAUUCCAAUAAAAAGCCUCUUCGGCUCCCUGCUCCGACUUACAUCGAGUACGUGCUGCAAUGGAUCUCAAACCGCAUCAAUGAUGAGACUAUAUUUCCUUCGAAAUCCAACCCUACUACUACGGCCACAAUCAACACCCCAUCCGCUAUCCUUCCUGGGGGGUCUUCUGCUAGCUCGCCUGCCGGUACUCCGGGCGCCAGUGGGCAGGCGUGGAUUGGCAAGGAAGGGGGAUUCCCCCCAAAUUUUUACACCACUUGUAAGGCGAUCUAUAAGCAAAUGUUCAGAGUAUUCGCACAUAUCUACCAUACGCAUUUUGCCAAAAUAGUACAUAUGAGUCUGGAGGCCCAUUUCAAUAGCUUUUUCGCUCACUUUAUUCACUUCGCAAGGGCCUUCGAUCUGCUAGAACGCCGCGACAUUGAACCUCUACGGCCUCUUAUUGAUACAUUCGAAGAGCAGGGUCUCUUCAAGGAUAACGACCGAUCUAGGGAGCAGCAAUGA